CUAGCUUUCUUUUUGAUGACCCUCUGGAUUUUGAAAAGCAAACUCUCUUCGCUCAACAGUGAUGUGUCCACCCUCAAGAAUACAAGGAUGCUGACAUUUAAAGCGAUAGCUCAGCUCUGCAUCUUGGGCUGCACGUGGUGUCUGGGAAUCCUGCAGGUGGGUCCAGCUGCUCACGCCAUGGCCUAUCUCUUCACCAUCAUCAACAGCCUGCAGGGCGUCUUCAUCUUCCUGGUGUACUGUCUCCUCAGCCAGCAGGUCCGCCAACAGUACAGAAAAUGGUGGGAAGGGGUCAGGAAAACCAAAGCAGAGUCUGAGCAAUACACCUUCUCCAGCCGAGCCAUCUCGGAUGCCCCCAAGCACAGUGAGGUAAAAGGUGAUGGAUUAACAGAAUAAAAGAAGAAAUCAAGUCAAUUUUAAGAAAACUAAAAGUGGGUGACUAAAGAAAAAGGUGAAAUCUUGGGCUUUUCAUCCUUUUCUCUCUGACUUAUUUCACUUAACAUAGUACUCUCCUGAAUGAUGUUGUUGCACAUGUCAAUAUUUAAUCUUUUUGAUGAUUGAGUAGUAUUCCAUUGUAUAUAUGUACCACAUUUUUGAUCCAUCUGUCAAUGGACACAUAGGUUGUUUACGUACCUUGGCUAUAAGAAAUGGUGUUACAAUGAACAUAAGUGUAUAUAUAUUUUUGAAUUGGAUUUUUUAUAUUCCUCAGAUACUCAGAAGAAAAAUUGCUGAAUUGUGUCAAAUUACAUAUUAUGUUAACAUUAUGACAUAUAAUGUUAUUUAUCAAUGCUACCUCAAUAUUAGAUAAUUAAAUAAAUAAAUAAA